CAAAUACGCUCUGCUAAGCGCUGGGGUCUCUCGACUCCUUCUCACACCGUUAGAAGCGCCAGCUUCAAGUCGUGAAACAAUGGCCCCCCUCCCCCCCUUGAAACCCCUCCCAGGUGGCCGAACGGUGGAGGGGGAGGGUGGUAUAAAGUAGGCUGGGGCCGGGAUCUGACGUGAUGUGUUGCUAUUUUUUCUCUUCUGGCCCCCCCCAAUGCCACCCAUGCAACCUGCAUCUAGACCUGGGAAAGUGGUAUAUACCAAAGUGAAGAAGAGACCGGCUUCAACAUUUCGAGUCGCUGGCAAAUCGAGUCUUGUCGAGUAGAUCACGUGCUGGACAAUCGGCAACGCAACAAAGAAGAUCGCAACGAGAUGAGAGCCUCGCUUUGUUGACACUCUUCUCUCCUCUUUUCCUCCCGAGAGCAUCAUUUCGCCCCGUCCUUGUACCUCUCGUACCCAUCCAUAACUCUCUCAUCUUUCCUUUUCGCUCUAUUCGACCCACCGGUGGACCACAAACCCAAGAUCUUGCUGAUUUUCGUUUCUCUCUCCAGCCUGCGGGCUUGGACGAGAUGCUCAAGGCUCAGUCGAGGACUCCGCCUUUAUCGGGAUAUGCCAUGUCUGAUGUGCCCUCUGGCGCAGAGUUUGGCUCACUGUCGCUCUCGUCAAGGACGGUGGUGGCGAUCACGUCGGUUGUGACUGAAACGGUCCAUCCCACGUGGAUCAUCACCGAGGUGACCACAGUGGGGAGUUUGCAGCUGGAGACGUCUCUGUCCUCGUGGGAACAGCAGAGUGAGGAGAGUUCUGUUCCAACGGUGAAACCGGGCACCGUCCAGACAAUCGCAAGCCAAACGAGUCAAACGCAAACGGCGCAGCUGGCCAUGACAACCAUCUCUCAGCUCACCGUUCUGUCGCCCGAGACUACGGCAACAGGGUCCUGGUCAACGGCUGACUUGGCGUCCUCUGCUUUGCCUGGUGGGCAACCUUGGGUGUCUCUACUUCCCAUGGUGGAAAUCUCCCUCACAGAUCAGACCAGUUCUUCAGAGCUAGUGCCAGUACUGUCGUCCUCUACGAUGUCCGUGCUGUCCAGCACUGCGUCCCCCCCGGCCACGGCCAGUUCGGUGCUUAGUGCGACACUCACCAGUCUAUCUGCCACCAGUACCCCAACGAGCCCAGGCACGUUGGUCACCUCAAGGGUUGCGGAGACGAGUCUUACCCCCGUCUCAAAUCAGUCGUCAUCCUCGUCGCUCUUACUUUCGCCUUCCUCGUCAUCCGUUGCAGGAAUCGCCUCCGGCUCAGAUUCCACCAAUGGCCAACUCAGCCAGAGCACUUCGGGCUCUCACCUGGGCGCCAUCGUUGGAGGGACUGUUGGUGGUGCUGUGUUUGUGGCCCUCGCCCUUCUAGUCUGUACAUUGUUCCUCCGCCGCAGAAGACGGGGGACCUCCACCACACUCCGGGGUAGCCCAGGACGAGGCCCCUUGCGCAAGAGCAGCGACUCGAUCACCACUUUCCGCGAUCUGUAUGGCUGGCAUGACCAGCAAGACAAUCGGCCCUCCUUCCCCAUGGACCCAGGAUUUUCGCCCCGGGGUAACACCGCGCCUGUGGCCCCGGCCCCGGCCCCCAACCAAGGAGUGUCCGUCAACACGAUGGACCUGGCCCGGGAUUCUGAGCAAAAUCCCUUCUCCGACCCCGAGCACAGCCCGGUUUCCCCAAUCAUCAACAUCCACCCUCCCUCCCGCACGGCGUCCAACUACUCCCAACAAUCGGGAGAUGAUGGUCUGGCAUUCCUGGAAAAAUACGACUUGCACCCAUCCACCCCCAGUUCUCGGUACGAGAGCAUCUACUACCCCGACGAGGGUACGUUUACGCCUUCUAUCCCUGAACACGAUAAGCUUGCCCCGCAAGAGAAUCGCAAGACUCGUCUCAGUACGCGCAGUGACCCAUUCGAUCUGGAGGUUCCGCCAAAGGCCUUGCAGGAAUGGCCUCUGCUACCCCAUCCGACACUAUGGGGCGAUAAAUUUUAGACCGCGCAUCAUCCUUCCUUCCUUUUCUGUUUUUAGCCCCCGAGUCUUCGGCGCAAUAUCUGCAACCUUCAUGCAUUGUUGGAGUUAUACGGAAUACCCCCCUCGUUCUUUGGUUUUGCUAGAUUUCAGCACUUUGCUUUUUACUUGUCGUCCUGCCUUGAUUUAUGGUUACAUAUUCGCCCAUUUGGAAAAGCGGGUUCCACGACUACAUGUGCUCACGCUGCAUACGACGUGAUUUUGGAUGAUACAUGAAUACGGUCCAUGAUGAUUCUUGUUUUUCUGCCUGGGCGUUCAAAUAUGGUGGAGGUUGAAAUUUAUACGUGGGGACCAUUUAUGGGAUAUCUUUUCCUUCGGAGGCAGAGAAUGUACUUUAUCAGAUCUUUUCAGUCCUCUAAACUUUCUUGUAUCGUUGUAUUUCAGCAUGGUGUUUUCAUGGGGGCAAAAUGAUUUUCUGAG